AUGUGUCGUACUGUUUCUCAUGAGGAAAUCUUCGAUAUAUUUGAUGAAGAGCCACCAGCGCCACCAUCAUCUGAUUUAACAUCAUCAACAUCUCAUCAAGGUCCUUCAAUAACAACACAUACAAAUGAUAAUAUUGAAAAUCAUGGUAUUACACUUGGUACUGGUAUUGGACUUGGUAUUGGUAUUGGUAUUACAGCUGGUUGUAUUGCAGUUAGUAUUGGUAUUGGUAUUGGUAUUGGUAUUGGAUAUAUCAUCUUCAAAUCUAAUGAUGAUACACAACGCGAAGCAAAAUUUAAAGAAUUAGAAAAUGAAUGUAAUAAACAAGUUUUAAUAAAACAUGUUUCAUUGGACAAAGAAAUGAUUGAAACAGUUUCUCAAGUAGUAUCUGCAACAAAUGAUUCAUCACCAACAUCAUCUAAUUCUAAUAAAUCAUCUGUAUCAACAACAGCUGAUAUUCGCUGUCCAACUAUUAUUCCUACACCAUCAUCAUCAAAAAAUGGUUAUAAUCCAAUAACAAAAAGAAGAGUUCUUCUUCCAUUAAUUCCAACAUGUACACAACAAACAUCAUCGAUGACAAGUUCAACAUAA